GGGCAUGUGAGUGUGUAUCAGUGCAUGUGUGUGACUCUGUGUGUUCUUGCUAACAAUACUCAUACCCUUGGUCUCAUAGUGCAUUGUGCCAAUGCCAACAACAAUGAUAUGCAGAGGGUCAAUGAAGCCUUGGUCUCAUCAAGAUGAAAAAAUAGAGGCUAAUGGGAUCAAUGAUCUGAAGAAUCCAUUGUUGCAGGCUCCACAAGAUGAAACAGUUGGUACAGUUACACCUCAAAUAAAAGAUAUCAAGGGUGCAUCCUACUUAAGAAUUCUUGAGUCCAAAGUUAGAAGCUUUAAUGGGAUAAACGGCAUCAUGGCGUCUCCAACUGAUGAAAGAGCUGCAACCAAUCAUGUCCCAGAUUUCAUUGUUGCAAACAAAAUAAAAGAAACCAUAGAAGACACUUGUUUUGGAGUUGAUGAGCUCAAGGGGCAAGACAUAUCAGAAUGCCGAAUCAAAAUCAAGGGAAUGACAUGCACGAGUUGCUCUCAGUCUGUUGAGCAUGCCCUUCAAAUGAUUGAUGGAGUGAAAAAAGCAGUAGUAGGUCUAGCUUUAGAGGAAGCAAAAGUACUCUUCGAUCCUAACCUCGUUGAUACCAACAAAGUAAUUGAAGCUAUAGAAGAUGCUGGAUUUGAAGCAGAUCUCAUUAACUCCCGAAAUGACGAUAUGAACAAAGUGCAUCUGAAACUUGAAGGAGUAGAUAGUCCAGAAGAUGUAAAUGUCAUAAUUUCUUCACUUAAUUCAACUGUGGGUGUGAAUCAUGUUGACAUGGAUUUGACAGAACAUAAAGUUACUAUUAACUAUGAUCCAGACCUUACAGGUCCAAGAUCUCUUAUACAUUGCAUCAAGGAAGCUAGCAAUUUCCCUAAUGUGUAUCAAGCAACAUUGUAUACUCCUUCAGGAAAGAGAGAAAUGGACAAGGUGAAUGAAAUUCGGAUGUACCGGAACCAAGUAUCGUUCAGCUGCUUAUUUUCUGUUCCUGUGUUCAUACUUUCCAUGGUUCUUCCCAUGCUUCCUCCAUACGGCAACUGGUUAAACUAUAAGAUUCACAAUAUGCUCACUCUUGGGUUGUUCUUAAGAUGGAUCCUCAGCACACCGGUUCAGUUCAUUGUUGGCAAAAGGUUCUAUGUAGGAUCAUAUCAUGCUCUAAGGAGAAGGUCUGCUAACAUGGAUGUGCUGGUUGCACUUGGAACUAGUGCUGCUUAUUUUUACUCACUAUACAUUGUAAUAAAAGCUCUGGCUUCAGCUACAUUUCAGGGACAAGAUUUCUUCGACACCAGUUCUAUGCUUAUAUCAUUUAUUCUACUAGGGAAAUAUUUGGAGAUUGUGGCUAAAGGUAAAACCUCAGCGGCUUUAGAAAAGCUCACACAACUUGUUCCUGAUAAGGCUUAUUUGUUAGCCAUUGACACUGAUGGAAAUGUUCUCACGGAGAGAGAAAUUGACACUGAACUCAUACAAAAGAAUGACAUGAUCAAGAUUGUUCCGGGUGCCAAAAUUCCUGUUGAUGGUGUUGUAAUGAAAGGGAAAAGCUAUGCAAAUGAAAGCAUGAUCACUGGGGAAGCAAAACCAGUUAAUAAAAGUCCAGGAGACAAGGUUAUCGGAGGGACCAUCAAUGAGAAUGGCUGCUUACUGGUGAAGGCCACUCAUGUUGGAUCAGAUACUGCACUUUCUCAAAUUGUUCAACUAGUAGAAGCUGCUCAACUUGCUAGAGCACCAGUUCAAAAACUUGCUGAUCAUAUUUCAAGGGUUUUUGUUCCAAUAGUGGUUGUUGCAUCAUUCAUAACUUGGCUGGGAUGGUUUAUUCCUGGAGAAGCUGGUUUUUACCCAAAAUCUUGGAUACCAGAAGCUAUGGAUGCAUUUGAGUUUGCUCUGCAGUUUGCUAUAUCUGUGCUAGUUGUUGCCUGUCCAUGUGCUUUAGGUCUUGCCACACCAACAGCAAUCAUGGUUGCUUCAGGAGUUGGUGCUUCUCAAGGUGUGCUCAUCAAGGGUGGGGAUGCAAUGGAAAAGGCACACAAGGUAAAAGUUGUUGUCUUUGAUAAGACAGGGACACUGACAAUUGGGAAGCCAGUGGUCGUUAGAGCAGUUUUGUUUUCCAAAAUUUCUAUGGAGGAGUUAUGUGACAUGGCAAUUGCUGUGGAGGCAAAUAGUGAACAUCCUAUAGCAAAAGCUAUUGUAGCACACGUUAAGAGGCUGCGCCGGAAAUUCGGAGCCUGCGUUGAGCAAGUCCUAGAGGUGAAGGAUUUUGAGGUACACUUGGGGGCAGGAGUAAGUGGAAAAGCUAAUGAGAAAACAGUUUUGGUUGGAAACAAGAGACUCAUGCAUGCUUGUAAUGUCCCAAUAAGUCUUGAGGUUGAGAGGUUCAUUUCUGAGAAUGAAGUUCUGGCAAGAACAUGUGUGUUAGUUUCAAUUGAGGGAAAGAUUUCAGGAGGAUUCUCUGUAACUGAUCCUGUAAAGCCAGAGGCACAGCGUGUUGUAUCUUUUCUCCACUCCAUGAACAUCUCAACCAUGAUAGUGACUGGCGAUAACUGGGCCACUGCAAAUGCUGUUGCAAAUGAAGUUGGUAUUGAUAAGGUCUUUGCUGAGACUGAUCCUCCUGGAAAAGCUGACAUAGUGAAAGACUUGCAGAUGAAAGGAAUGAGUGUGGCAAUGGUGGGGGAUGGAAUAAAUGAUUCCCCAUCCUUAGCUGCUGCUGAUGUUGGCAUGGCUAUUGGUGCUGGAACUGACAUAGCAAUAGAAGCAGCUGAUAUAGUUCUUGUUAAAAGCAGCUUGGAAGAUGUGAUUACAGCAAUAGAUCUUUCUAGAAAGACCAUGUCUCGCAUCUGGCUCAACUAUUUCUGGGCUUUUGGUUACAACAUUCUAGGCCUGCCCAUUGCAGCUGGUGUCUUGUACCCCUUUUUAAGAAUCAGGUUGCCUCCAUGGCUUGCUGGUGCUUGCAUGGCUGCUUCAUCACUUAGUGUGGUUUCUUCAUCCCUCUUGCUUAUGUUGUAUAAAAAACCUUUGCAUGCGGAUACUAAGUGAUCUCAUAUUUAAGCCUCUCCGUUCAUCUUAAAGGCGCACCUGUUGACUAUCUAGAACUAGAAGCCUCCGGUUUAACUUUAGAUCAGCUAAUUGAAGCCACUUCUCUUAGAUUUUUUCUUCAUCUUCCAAAUAGGUGACUUUCUUUAAUCCUAGUUUUUUAUUUUUCAAAAUUUAGUGUAAAGUUUAUUAGCUGAUGAAAGUGAUUGUGCCAUCUUACCUUUAUCAAUGGCAAGUAGUUGA